AUGCAAUUAGAUUACAAAGGCUGUUGUGACCUUUUGGAUACAAGGAGGUUAAACAUCAUAAAUGAAGUCAACAAUAUCUCUUUGAAAGGAAAAAGCUUCUCUAAUGCUUUCAAGUCAUAUUUCCUAAGUCAAGCUAUUCCAAAUGAGAUUUUGUGGUCACUAGGAUGUUAUAACGAUGUCUACUGCGGUAUAUAUAAUUCUUCUGGUGACCUUUUCUUCACUGCUUCGCAAGAUGGGUUUAUUCGAGUGUUUGAUUCUUCUGGACAUUAUUUUCGUUACAUGAAUGAGAUUAAUGCUCCUGAAUAUACCUGGAGUAUUGUGUCACUCUCCUUAAGCAAUUUGGGGGAUACCCUUGUUUUCUGCAGUUUGUCUCCUAUUUUGUAUUUCACCAAUCUAACCGAUGUGCGUAAUGAGGAGCUGAAUCUCAAGCAUACUGAACUUCAACCUGGUGAAAGAAAUAUAACAAAAACGUUUAGUGUUGAUUUUCUUGGCGGGAGUAAUAAUCAAGUGAUUAGUGGACAUAACAAAGGUAUGGUUUAUGUGACGGAUCUACAGACAAAUAAAUAUGAAUCGUUCGCUGUAAAUCCGCAAUCAAAAGCUGAUGUAAAUGCUGUUAUUACACUGGAUCGAUCGAGCAGUAUUAUCCUUGCGGGUAGUGAUGAUACAAAUGUUAGACUUUUUGAUAUACGUGCAUUGAACAAAGGGUGUCAAAGUUUGUUUUCUGGACAUGUGGAUGGUAUCACAUAUUUAGAUUCAAAGGAUGAUAAUGUGUACUUUUUGUCAAACAGUAAAGAUCAAACAGUUAAGCUAUGGGAUACAAGAAAGUGCCGGGAAUCGGGAAAAGAAACUCGAAUGACUCCUCGUUCUACUUGGGAUUAUCGAAUUCAUCCGAUUCCACGUGGAUAUCCGGUACCUUUCAAACAAAAUCCUUCCAAACCUAUUCGAGGUGAUAACUCUGUGCUUACACUUUCUGGACAUAAAGUUCGCAACACUUUAAUUCGAGCACGUUUUUCUCCUGCAUUUAAUACUGGACAAAGAUUUGCUUACUCUGGAAGUGCUUAUGGUAAUUGGUAUAUAUGGGAUUUGUAUUCCGGAAAAGUUGUUAAACACUAUUCAUGUGGUGGGCAUACAAUACGUGAUAUAAAUUGGCAUCCAUAUGAACAGCAAAUAGUUACAUGUGGUACAACGGGUGAUAUAAGUUGUUGGGUAUAUAAUCGGAGUAAAACUACACAUCCCAAGAAAAGAUCUCAGAAAAAACAAGAAAGCAAACAUUUAAAUUCUUCUUUUCUGCCAAUAGUAGAAGCUGAUGACGAAACAUUUAAUGAACUACGUAAAUUAGCUAAAGCUGGUUUAAAAUAUCGGGUACAAGGAAUUUUCGAACGCCACAAGUCAUCAAGAUUAUCCCGCUUUAUUGGUUCUAGCGAUUCAGAAGAUGAUUUUAUUAUUGAUUAUGAAUCUGAUGAAAGUUCCAUUUUUCCAUUUGAUCGUUAUUACUCCUCUAUUGAUGGUAUAUACUUUGAUGAAUACUAUGAAGAUAUGGAUUCGGACUUUUAUCCACCAUCUGAUGAUGAAUUUCUUUUCGAUACAGAAUCAUAUAUACCUCCAUUAACACGCAAUCAACAGAGACAUUUGAAUCCCAAUGAAGAAUUAACUACUGAAUCUAUCAAUAAUGGAUCCACAGCUAGGAAUUCUCAAAGACCUAACACUAGACCAAAUACUCGCGAAACAAGAUCAGCAAUUCAAAGACAAAACCAACAAAUUACUGCACAAAGGAGUGUUCGUCGUUCAUCUAGGAAACGUACACGAGGGAGAUCUAGGAACUAG